GGGUCGUACUCGAUCCAGACACCACCGACUCGAAAACAAUGACCACGUGCGACGGCAUGGACGUGUCUUCGUCGGGAUCCCAUCUUGUCCUUAGCACGGGUGCGGACGCUCUGGCGACGUCGAGCGUGGCUUUGUUGUCAACAAGCGACGACAGCCGUGUAUCGAUACCCACCACCGGACACUGGUUGGCGAGCUUGGCGUUCAAUCCGAACAGAAGUCGCGUGUAUACCGUGGGAGUGAGUAGUAAUUACUUUCAGCUUCACUCUGCUGCGAUGGUCGAGGAAGCCGACGCUGUUCCUCUGGGUGGGGAGAGCGUCUUCGAGGUGGUCGCAAGCAUACCGAAGCAUGGGAUUCCCGACGUGGGCGCCAUAGUGUCCGGGCCACAGAGCCUCGAUCCGGAAGGGAAUUGCCUUUACUUCGUCAAUGAUGACGUUCUUAGGUUGUGGGGAAUCGAUCUCUCGUCCUUGUCGAAGACACCGACAUUCGUUGCGGGAGCCGGUGGCCUGGGAGUGGAAGAUGGCGCUGCUUCCAGGGCUUCGUUCUACGAUCCGAAGGCUGUGGCCGUUACGCCUGACGGAUGCAAUCUCUUAGUUGCUCAGCGCAAUGGAUAUUUGCGUUUGAUCAGACUUGGCACGCCCUGUGGACCGACACUGAGCGUGCAGACAGUGGCGGCCUACGACACAAUUGGGCUAUAUGGAUUGGCGCUACGCGCCAAUGGCGCAAGUCUACACGUGUACCUGGGAUCGACCGACGGACACGUGUUUGAGCUGGAGAUAGACCAGUUACUGAUGAAUACUUGUAGUCGCCAGAUGAUGGCGAGCCCGUCCUCGUCAUCACAGCCGCCGCCGGUCCUCGACCCAGGCGUUCCCAGCUCAGACUCGCCUGGUUCAGACGACCUAGUCAAUGUAGUCAUCUCUCCCGUUUCUUUCCCUUCCUCUCUCUCCCUCCCUGCAUCGGAUCCUUCUAUCGUCCUUUCUUCUUCUCAAGUCGCCCCUACAGCCCCACUUGUCAAGGCAUCUAAGCGCGAUCCGGUUCAACCGGUUGUCCUCAUUGUGGUUCCGGUUCUAUCUGCGGCGGCCGUGGGUGUCAUCGCCUGCGCGCUGUUCUUGAACUUUCGGUCGCACUGCUGUCGCCUUAAAGAGCCGCCUGGUGGGGGGAAGGGUUGCGCAAGCAUCGAGGUGCCAAUGAACAGCGGCGGCGGGUCAAGCGUGGAGCGGCCGACCGAAACUACGGUUCUCAGCUACAGCAAGGACGGAUGUCUCUGUCCAGAGGGAGACGUCCAGCUGCCCGACGUAACUGAGUUCACACUCGCUGAAUUGUGCGAGUGCACCGGUGACAUCCACUCCCGCAAUAUUAUUGGUCGUGCCGGAGCUUUCGCGACUGUUUACCGUGGUAAAUUGGGCAACCAGGAGGUCGCGGUCAAAAUCAUGCACGGCUUGCACUCACGUCUGCACCCCCAAGAGGGAACAGCUGCGCAGCCUCCGCUUACGCUCCCCCAGCGCAUCUUGAUCACCUUGCACAUCGCAGAAGGGCUUGACUAUCUGCAUCACGGAGCUCGUGAACUGGUCAUCCACCGCGAUGUCAAGAGCAGCAAUGUCCUUCUCACAGACGGACCGGGACGCAGUGUCAGCGCCAUGCUUGCGGAUUUCGGCCUGGCGACGAUCGUGCAUAAAUUAUUUGCGAAGCGUGAAGAGGUGGUCCUGAGUACGAUGCACCUUGCGGGCACUGCCAGGUUAUCCCUAAGUUAUGCAAGCACACCCAUCGUCUCACCCAAGACGAUUGUUUAUAUGUUGAAGAGAUUCGGACUUCCGCAUAAAGGCACGUUCAUCAUCUCGCCCGACAUGAGGGCACUGAGGAACAUACUUGUUUACAGUUGUGAUGGGCAAGGAGUAUUUUAAUAACCACUUUAUUUCAAUAUUCUAUGUACAAGUGUAGAACUUAAAAUUGUGCUCAUUCACGAUGAAUAUCCGCACUUUAAAUGGU